GGCUCGUAGUCACACUGGUUUCUGUCAGUCUUGUGCUCGGCGGUGAGCAGUCAUGUCCGGUCGCGGUAAAGGAGGCAAAGGUCUCGGUAAGGGAGGCGCUAAGCGCCACCGCAAGGUCUUGCGGGACAACAUCCAGGGCAUUACAAAGCCCGCGAUUCGCCGUCUCGCUCGCCGAGGGGGUGUCAAGCGCAUUUCCGGGCUUAUUUAUGAGGAGACUCGGGGAGUGCUCAAGGUGUUCCUGGAGAAUGUGAUCCGUGACGCAGUGACCUACACGGAGCACGCCAAGCGCAAGACUGUUACAGCCAUGGACGUCGUAUAUGCGCUCAAGCGCCAGGGCCGCACCCUGUACGGUUUCGGCGGCUGAUCAAGCACCCCAGCGAUUCACCCCGUUCCCAAAGGCCCUUUUCAGGGCCCCAGAGCGUCACGGAAAGAGCUGUAGACACAAAUCCAGGUUUGAUCGCAGCGUAGCAGAGUUUAAGGUGCAGCAUUCUUCGGAAGGCGGGGGCUUUGCAGGGAGUCAUUGCUCCGAGUUAGGCAAGUAGGGGAACUUAACAGAUGGGGGAGAGGUUAGGUAUUGGAGCGAGACCUGAGAGCUGUGCACUUUGUCUGAAGUGGUACAGUGUGUGGGUAUACUCUAUAUGCCACUCCAGAGGUGCCUGCUGCUUCGGAAUACUUAUAUUGAGCGCUAUGCAAAUUAGGUGAGCCCAUGUACAGCUUCUAAUUGGACCAGAGUGUCAGGCGUCUGAAGGGAGGUCCUUUGUGGAUCAGGCCGUCUGAUUGGCGCAAGGGUGGGCAGGACAUCCAAUUAGACAGCAGCGCCAAAUGCGACCCCGGAACGGCUUGGCACAGUCGUCGAACAUAUUUUCUUAGCAAAACUUGGACUUGGGACUGGCAAUAAGCGAAGUCUAAGACCGGGUGAUGGCUGCAGCCCCUACAGUUUCUCGAUGGGCCAGUUAGAUACAUUGGUCACGCUGAGGCUUGCGUCCUCCGGAGCCCUUGGCAGUGGAGGUCGCCUGUGCAACCGCAGAGGUACUGGCGUCCUGUACUGGCGUACAGGAGUCCGCGGCGCUACGGUUCCAGCCCCUGGGCCAGGCAGAGGUGCUGGAGAUGGCGAUUCCAUCGCAGCAGGGAAGUGAUCCGCGACUUCCGAGUGAAAACCCUGCUCAGAGCCGCCUGCGGGGGUCUAGAGGGGACCCGGGGUUAAUAAAUUCAGCGAAAACAUGACGGGAAACCUGUUCUGUGGCGUGAUUCUGCCCGAGGGCCACCGAUAAAUAUAGCACAGCGGGGCGUAGGGGCUGGAGACCUGAACUGGCCACUAGGCAAAGCGGGAACCAAUCUGAUCUUAUAUAGGGACUUGGGGCGUAAGGCUCGCUAACGUGCAGCGUUAACCAGUCUCAGGCUCAGGCUCGUCACUUAAAUACUUAGCCCAGCUGGGGUUGAGGGAACGAUGAAGUUGUAUGGGGCAAGCCCUGUCCUAACAAGAAAAACCCGUUUGGGGCUGGGGAUUUAGCUCAGCGGCAUAAGUGCCUGCCUUUCAAGUGCAGGUUCGCGAGUUCGAUCCCUGGUACCGGUAAAAAAAAAAAAAAAAAAAAAAACCUGUUAGUCUCAAUUUACGCGCGUCCUAGUGUUUUGGCAUCAAGAUGUUGAGUAGUCACAAAAACAUUACUAACAGUUGCGAGCUGAGCAUUCCAAACGCUAAUUCAGUGCAUUCCGUUCACCUGCAAAUGUAUGAAGUAGUUAUUGAUUACCAUUUUACCAAUGAGGAAACUCCUGCAGUAGUUGAAUUAGAGCUUAAAACCAUUUUUCCUAUUUCCUUCAUUUUAGAUUUUUAAGAUAAUAUAUUUUACUGUGUUUACUAUACGGUUUUGUCCACAGCUUAACUUGGAAAAUAUUAGUGAUUUUAUUUGAAUAAUCUGUCAGCAAGAUUUCAUUGUAAAUCCAUUUAAAGUUUUAGGUAGUUGUGAUGGUUUUCUGUUUUAGUUGUCAACACUGAUUUCUAAUCGUGAAAUUGGACUGGAAAAUGUGACCUGCAUAAUUUUGGGAUUUUAAUGAAGUUUUAUUUGUGACCAUUAUUUUAAAAUGUUGCAUGGAUUUUGAAAAAGUACAAUAAACUUAAAAAUACUGCAUCAACGUA